CGGCUGAUGUAAAGCUACGUGUCCGGCUGAGCAGACAGAGGCGGCGGGCGCUUUUCCGGCUUUAUUUAACAGCUUUUUUUCAAUAAAAUAAUUCUUCAACGGACUGCUGUUGUAUCAGGGCCGACAUGGCGACGGAGAUAACAAAAGGUGUGGAACAAGUCUCAGUGGGUGAGCUGUACGUUUCGGAUAAAUGUGGCAGUGACCAGGACGGAGACGGCACUGAGCAGAAACCCUUCAAAACUCCCCUCAAGGCUUUGUUGUUUGCUGGGAAAGAACCAUUCCCCACUCUCUAUGUGGAGUCUCAGAAGGAGGGAGAGCGCUGGGCGGUGAUUUCCAAGACCCAGAUGAAAAACGCGAAGAAGGCCUUCAACCGCGAGCAGAUAAAGAGCGAUGCCAAAGACAAGAAGGAGGCCGAGGACAACGAGAGGAGAGAGAAGAACCUGGAAGAAGCCAAGAAGAUCGUCAUAGUUAAUGAUCCGAGCCUGCCUGAGCCUGAUACGGUUAAAAUCCAUCAACUGGAGGCAAAGAGAGGUCAGAGAGUCAAAGUGUUCGGGUGGGUUCAUCGCCUCAGGAGACAAGGGAAGAACCUGAUGUUCAUUGUUCUGAGAGAUGGAACCGGUUUCCUCCAGUGUGUCCUGUCUGAUCAACUGUGCCAGUGCUACAACGGUUUGAUGUUGUCCACGGAGAGUACAGUCGCUCUGUACGGCACCGUCACUCCAGUUCCCGAAGGAAAACAGGCUCCUGGUGGCCAUGAGCUACACUGCGACUUCUGGGAGCUGAUCGGUUUAGCUCCAGCAGGGGGCGCCGACAACCUGCUGAACGAAGAGUCGGACGUGGACGUCCAGCUGAACAACCGACACAUGCUGAUCAGAGGAGAGAACGUCUCCAAGAUCCUCCGGGUCCGAUCCACCGUCACACAGUGCUUCAGGGACCACUUCUUCAGCCGUGGAUACUACGAGAUCACUCCACCGACCCUGGUGCAGACUCAGGUGGAGGGCGGAUCAACGCUCUUCAACCUGAACUACUUUGGCGAGCAGGCAUACCUGACCCAGUCCUCCCAGCUCUACCUGGAGACCUGCAUACCUGCCCUGGGAAACACCUUCUGCAUCGCCCAGUCGUACCGAGCCGAGCAGUCCCGCACCCGUAGACAUCUGUCCGAGUACACUCACAUCGAGGCCGAGUGUCCCUUCAUGACAUUUGAGGAUCUGCUGAACAGACUGGAGGACCUGGUUUGUGACGUCGUGGACCGAGUGCUCAAGUCUCCCGCCGCUCAGCUGCUCUACGACAUCAACCCGAACUUCAAACCCCCCAAGAGGCCGUUCAAGAGGAUGAACUACAGCGAAGCCAUCGAGUGGCUCAAAGAGCACGACAUCAAGAAGGACGACGGCUCCUACUACGAGUUUGGAGAGGACAUCCCAGAGGCUCCAGAGAGGCUGAUGACCGACUCCAUCAACGAGACCAUCCUGCUCUGUCGCUUCCCAGCCGAGAUCAAAUCCUUCUACAUGCAGCGAUGUGCCGACGACAAACGCCUCACCGAGUCGGUUGAUGUGUUGAUGCCAAACGUUGGUGAGAUCAUCGGAGGUUCGAUGCGUAUCUGGGACGCCGAUGAGCUGCUGGACGGUUACAAGAGGGAGGGAAUCGACCCGACUCCUUACUACUGGUACACCGACCAGAGGAAGUACGGCACGUGUCCUCAUGGAGGUUACGGUCUCGGCCUUGAGCGUUUCCUCACGUGGCUCCUGAACAGACACCACAUCAGAGACGUCUGCCUUUACCCCCGAUUCAUCCAGCGCUGCCGGCCUUGAACAAACUCCCUCAAUCAGUACAACCUGACCAUCAAAAAGAAAUGCUGCAGGCGAAAUCAAACAACACGACUCAUAGUUUCAUCCCUUUUAGCGGUUUUAUUUCCUGUUUCCGAAGCACUAAAAGCUUCCUAGUGAACUCCAUCAUGUGUCAGAGCUGGAAAAUCCACCUGCAGCCUCAAAACUCACGGCUUCCUCCUCAUUCGUUCUGUGACUAAAAGUAAAAUCGGAUCAUUUCUGCCUCCCUGCAGAUGCUCAACGGCUGAUUCAUUUAAGCCGAAAUAAACAGUUGUGUUCUGUAAGUGUACAGUGUCUGCAAGUCCGGGUUUAACAUUCAAUAACGCAAAAUAAGAACUUUCUGCUCUUUAAAUUCUUCUUUUUUCAUGCACAUUAGCCAUUGGACUUUCCAAUUAAGUUUGCAUAUGAUUGUCACAUCAAGCCUUUAAAAUGUCAAUUUCAUGUCAAAUUUGUCAAGACAAAUCACAGAAAUACUAAUUUACACAUUUAAAAAACACAACAAUACAAACAUUCAUUCACACAUACCGAAAACAUGUGGAAGAAAAAGAUAAUUACGAAAUCUCCGAGGCUUUUCCUGCAGCUGAAUGAAGUUUAUUUCCAGCUUGCAUCACAAAAUCUACAACUUCUGCACACUUUUGUUGUUUUCAUGAAAGGAAAACUGAGCUUCGUCUGGAAGUCAAAGGUAGAAAUAAAACCGUCAGUGGUUUCAGGAUGUGACAUUCGUGUCGGCCUCAGGGGGUCUUCUUGUGUUUGUUCUGCCUCGUCAUCUGAAAAAUAAUAAACUCCUACUCAAUAAACUGCACUUAAAUAAAAUGUGAACCAAA